AUGCGCAGCCGUCGUUCUUCCUUUCCGACACUCGAGCAAAGAGACAAGAUGGGCCAUCAACAGCUCUAUUGGAGUCACCCUAGAAAAUUCGGACAGGGAUCCCGCUCCUGCCGAGUGUGCUCAAACCGUCAUGGAUUGAUCCGUAAAUACGGUCUCAACAUGUGCCGACAGUGCUUCAGGCAGUACGCGAAAGACAUUGGCUUUGUUAAGCUGGAUUAGACGUCUCAUUGGAUGAGUUAAAGGAUCAUUGGAAGGCUGGUCAAGAUGGGAUAAUUCGGCAUUGCAAAUAAAUAAAUGUUUUUCUUUGUCCAGUUAAAA